AUGUCAAACACAGGCCCACCCGUGUCGAGUCCGCCCCCUCCAGGGCUUUACUUCAUUCAGAAUGUCAACAACAAUCUCGAUGACACUCCCCUGACUGCUACGUCCUCUCGUAACAAUGACGGAAAGUGGCGUCUCUCAGAUUCGGCGUCCACGGCCUCCGGAUCUGCAUUUCUCAACUAUCAGUAUGAUACCCAGUACGCACAUGCAACGAACGGGGGCCUGGUGGGCAGCCUAGUCGUGGGACAGACCACUUCGCAGAAGUUCAAUAUCAAACAUGUAGGUGGGGACCAGUUCUGGAUCACCACUGUGGAGUCAGGAAGCAACUUAGGUUGGGCCCUUAAGGGAACAACGCCAGGCACGACGCUUGUAGAAAACGAAAAGCCUCCAUUUCGAACAUAUGUCGAAAACUUGACUUACGCACGCCGCACAGGCUUCCUCUUUUGCGGCGCGCGGUGCUUCUUUACAGAGCACCUCAAGGACACCCAGAAGCGGUACAAGUAG